AUGACCCUUGCUAACAUCCAUCCUGCCAGGCUCGAGCAAUCCCGGGCACAGCGCAUCCUGUGGCUGCUCGAGGAGCUCAAGCUCCCCUACGAACUGCAGCGGUUCAAGCGUGACAAGGGCCUGCUGGCUGACCCGGCCCUGCAGAAGAUCCAUCCGCUCGGCAGGUCGCCUGUCAUCUCUGUCGAAGUGCCUGGCCGGGAGAAGCUGGUGCUGGCUGAGUCUGGGCUGAUAGUCGAGUACCUGACCGAGCACUUUGGCCCGUCCCUGAUUCCCAGGCGGUACCGCGAGGGCUGCGAGGGCUCUGUCGCCGGCGAGACCGAUGCCUGGCUGCGCAACAGAUACUUCAUCCACUACUCCGAGGGCAGCCUGAUGCCCGUGUUCCUCGUCCAGCUCAUCAUCGACCGCAUCCGCAACGCCCCGGUCCCUUUCUUCAUCAAGCCCCUCACCAGGGGUAUCGCCGGAAAGGUCGACGACGCGUAUCUGCGUCACAACAUGAAGCUGCAUCUCGGCUUUCUCGAAGACCAGGUCAAGUCGGCGCCACAGGGAGGGCCCUAUCUCUGCGGUCCUGACCUCGCUGGCGCCGAUAUCAUGAUGAGCUACCUGCUCGAGAUCGCCACCGCCAGUAAGGCCAUCACUGCAGACUCGCAUCCCGCGCUGGUCGCCUACCUCGACCGGCUCCGGCAGCGCGAGGCCUACCGCAGGGCCAACGACCUGAUCGUCGAGCUCGAGGGCAGCUGUGACUAUGUUCCUCGUUAG